UUAGUUAGAAACCUGCCUUGCAGUUUGCAGAGAAGAAAUAGGCCUUCCAGAACGCUGCGAGAACCUUAAGGCUUUCAAACUCUUUCGUGUGUGUGUGUGUGUGUGUGUUGUAUACUUUUAUCGCCUGUAACAGGUGGCUGGAUAGGGGAGGGCGAUAAAGGUUUUUGGGUGAACAGAAGUUACCAAUGAGCAAAGCAUUCCUUUGUAGGUUACUUACUUUGGGUGGUCUCUGCAAGAAAUGGUACGGAGCCCUGGUAGUAGGUGAAUUCUUAAGGUCUCUAGGAAACAGAAAUCAGAGGAUUCUGCAGAGCUAGUGUUGUUUGACUCGUAAGACAGUUGGAUAAUUACCCUUUCAGUGGCAUGAUUGGAAGAGUGUUGCUGCCACUUCUAGUUGGUAAUAAAGGCACAGCAUUUAGAACUUAUUCACAACAUUUUCUUGUCGCCUGUUUGUUGCACAUGCUGUGCAAGAUUUACUCUUUGACAUCUUGACUAAAUCUAUUCUCUACAAAUUUCCCUUGAGGAGUAGGAGCAGUAUUAUUGCUUGUAGUACACAUUUCACUGUGCUGUUAAGCGGGAUGGUUCAAUGCUUGGGUAAGUACAGCUGAGGUUAAUGUUAAAAACAGUAUUGUCUGUUGUCUCCUUUUAUUUUAUUUUUAAAUUCCCCAACCCCACCCGUUUUCUUAAAUCUCAAAAGUUUCCUUGCAUUCCUUAUCAAGAAGGAAGUAAAUAGUUUUUCUUGGUAUUUUUUUUUUUUGUAAAUAGCUUGUGAUGAUGGAAAUUAAACACUUGUAAGAGGUUUUAUUGGAUAUGCUUUUAAUUGCCAGUAAGAAUGAGGUUUUAACAGAACCAAGAAGAGCUUCUGUCAUUGUUUCACUACAGGGCCCUAUGGAUGCUCCUGCCUCCAGCAGAGAGUGGGCAGCAGGAUUGUCCCUAAUGUCAUUUUUAGCCUCCCAAUUCCAAUCCAUCAGGUCCAGAGUACAAGGCAACGAGGCGUCUGUGCUGCAUUUGGACAUAUGUGACAACCUGUGCAUGUCUUCCAUUGUCCAUUAAUCUGUGUCAGCUGAAUGAAGAACCCUCUGAAUAGGCUCCAUCCUUUGAAAUGAGAGAGGAGUUCUUACCACCACUCUCACUACUUUGAAAUUUGAUUGCUGUCUCACUGGAAUAUCAGUGCUUUCCUUUUUUUCCCCCUUUUCUUUUUUUAGUCCACACACAUCUUUUCGUCUGAGAGUGGUGCCUGAAAAACACCUGGUUUGCCCUUUUUGUUUUGUUAAGUAAAGGUGGUGCAUUUUUGAAAAUGGUUGUUCUCAUCCUAGGAUCCAUAAACAUGGUAUGUUAGUGGGAAGUAGCAUAAUGGGGUUGUUUUAAUUCCUCGUGGUAAUUAAGCCUUGUUGCUGUUCAUAAGCUCUUUGAUUAUCCACGUUUGCAGUCCUCCUUUAAAGAAAAACGUUCUCUGAAAUUUAUGGCCUGGCACUCUCUUCAAACUUACAUUUGUCCUUCAUCCAGUUGAGACAGCUUACUUUUUUUUCUAACAGCUUCAGGAUUCUUCCUCUCUUUUUUAAAGUGGUGAUUCUCUUUUGAGAUGGCUGCUAAACCUUUCACGUUCAGGUGUGAGGCAAAGACUUCUUGCCCAGUCCUCCCAAGGUUCAUAAAUCUGGGCUUGGAUGAUGAAGUACAUCCAGCGUGGUAGCUCUUGUUUAAUUUUUGAAGAGGGUAUUGUGGGCUUGUGGGAAGGUGGGGUUGAAUUGGGGGAGUCCUUUCAGGCAAGCCUCCCGCUCUUCCAGGUCCGCUCCAGUCACAGCUUGCUUUGUGCUGUAAAAGGCUGGAUGAGGUCUGGGGGAAUCUUUCUCUGUAGUAGAACCAAUGACAGAAGCUGUUCUUUAGAAUUUCCAGGAUGGCUGUAUUCUGCGAUCAGAAUGAGACAGUCAAGCUGGGCAGAAUCCCAACGCCAAGAUGAAAGGUAAGGUGAUGUUUAUUCAAUGGGAAUGCUUAAGACAGCCAGCAAGUGAAAGGAGAUCUACUGCCGUGAUACUCUCAGGCGUAUGUCCCCAUAACUCUGCUUGUUUUGGUAGCUAGAAUCUUUAUAAAAUUUUGUAUGCUGGUAUUCUCUCGAUGGCUUUACCAAACCCGAUGUUUUACGAUUGCAACUGUUGUCUCUUUUUCCCUUUAAUAUUUCUAAAACGACUCUUCUUCAAGCCUCUUUUUUAAAAAAAUUAAGAGUAAGCGACAUCUGUUGUUCUUCAUUGGAGUUGCUGAUUCUGUGUGCCAAAAAAAAGUUACACUCUAAAUAAUUAGGGGAGAAGAGAAGUCCUGUUGGUGUUGCACCCGUCCCCCCCUGGAGACUUUUCCUCCUGUGCCACGCUGUAUGAGAAAACAUUGGCAGCAUUUGGCAGUGUAUUGUGGUUAUGAUUCGAGAACGUAAAGCAGGGAAGGGUUAUUGGCCCUUCCAGUGACUCAGUUGCCUUUGUUGGAUUGAAUGCUAGAAAAGAAUUGGAGGUUCGUUUUGCUAAGUCACAGCAAACCCAGCUACAGAGCCAAAUUACACCUCGAACACAGAGAAUGUAAAAUAAACCCAAUGGAAGAGAAAGCUGGUAUAGCAUGACCUUGGAACGUGAGCUGUUGCACUUUGGUCCAGGAUUUGUGAACGGUUCUUUUUUCUUUUUUAAUAGUCACCUUGGGAAUAUGAUGGACAUCUGGCUUUUCACGUAUGCGUGUGAAAAUUCACGGGGGAAAUGCUAUACUGCUGAAUUCUCAAUUAUGGCAUUCAGAAUUGACCGCCUCAGGACUGACAUAGUCGUUCUGCCUUCAUAUAUUUAUUUUUUUUAAAAAAAAAAAAUCUAUCACUUGAUUCUGGGCUUUCGCAGCUAUUAACUUUGCUUGAAGCAGUCUGCUUUCAUUUCCCAUCCGUUCUUGUGUUGCACAGAACUCUGAUUUGCAAAGCCGGUUUUAGUCAAGAGGACUUCCCAUGGACCCUGAAAGCCGUCCCAAACCACUUGCUUGGUUUCAGAUUUUUGUGGUGGGCAAAGUUGCGCCUUGGCUCUGAUUAAAGAACCCUACGCACCAGGAUCUGUAGGCGUCGUUGUUGGAAAAGCUCAGCUGGGCAGCCUUGCUAUAGCAAACUCCUGUUAAAUGAAAUGUGAGCACCUCCCUGGCUUUGAGAGGCUUCCUGACUAGCUGUGCAAGUCUCAAUCUUCCUUGGACUUUGUAAACAAAUAUCGGUUCUGCUUUUUCCUGUAUCAUUUAAUUCGUGUGUGUAUGUGAAGCUGAACUUGAUUUUGUGUGGGAAGCCAGACUGUAUGUUUGGAUUCAGGUCUUGUAUAACUUUCCUUGUGCAUGCAGAUUGUAUGUUUUCCACAAUACUUUUCUUUUUUUUCCCCUUCUCUUUUUUUCCCUUUUCUUUUUUCCUUUUUGUACGGUGUUCGUGAGAUGUUAUUCAUUUUAACAUGGUGGUACUUUUUUUUAAAGAGAUAAAUAAAAAAAUUACUGCUUCCAAUUUAUUAGUAGUUAAUAUUGCUGAUAAACAUGAGUUCUUACGCUGCGCAAUACCUUUGGACAACCCACAUGAUGGGAAUUUGUGGCUUUGGGGCUGUUUUUCUCUUUCUGCAGGUGGUGUGUGAAAUGUGAUUCCUGAGGUAAAAUUGUUUUUGUCUUUCAAGGGGGGGAAGGCCAGGGAGGUGAGGGUAAAGGUUUGUCUUUUCUUUUCUUUUUUAAACCGGUAGUAUCGCCUUAUUUUUUCUUAAUCUUUUUUGGGCUGCUUGUCCUUUUCUUUACUAUUAAACUGCUCAUGUUUAUUUUCAGGAAUGUUUUGCAAAAUGUCGUUCUCACACUCUUCCCCAGUUCAACUGUAGGCAUUUGUUGUGAAACACCUUCUUGAAUACACGCAGCAAACGGAGCCCAACCUGCAGUACAGCCUGUUCUUAAUUUUAGGCCUCUUAAUGACAGAAAUAGUGCGUUCCUGGUCCUUGGCUUUAACCUGGGCUUUAAAUUACCGUACUGGGGUCAGACUGCGCGGAGCUAUCCUUACCAUGGCUUUUAAGAAAAUACUGAAGCUAAAAAACAUCAAGGAGAAGUCUUUGGGAGAGCUCAUAAAUGUAUGUUCCAAUGAUGGACAGAGAAUGUUUGAAGCUGCAGCUGUGGGCAGCUUGUUGGCUGGAGGUCCUAUUAUUGCCAUCCUUGGCAUGGUUUAUAACGUUAUUAUUCUGGGGCCAACAGGCUUCUUGGGAUCAGCGGUCUUCAUCCUCUUCUACCCAGCCAUGAUGUUUGCGUCCCGCCUGACAGCUUAUUUCAGAAGGAAAUGUGUGUCUGCAACUGACGAACGUGUCCAGAAAAUGAACGAAGUUCUUAACUACAUUAAGUACAUUAAAAUGUAUGCCUGGGUCAAAGCUUUUUCUCAGAAUCUUCAAAAAAUAAGAGAAGAAGAACGCAAAAUCUUGGAACGUGCUGGAUACUUCCAGAGUAUCACAGUAGGAGUGGCCCCCAUAGUUGUGGUUAUUGCCAGCGUGGUGACUUUCUCUGUCCAUAUGAUCCUUGGCUUUGAUCUCACAGCAGCCCAGGCUUUUACAGUGGUUACAGUGUUCAAUUCAAUGACCUUUGCCCUGAAAGUUACACCUUUUUCUGUGAAGUCUCUGUCUGAAGCAUCUGUUGCAGCUGACAGAUUUAAGAGUUUGUUUCUAAUGGAAGAGGUUCAUAUGGUAAAGAAAAAACCAGCCAGUCCUCACGCAGCCAUAGAGGUGAAAAAUGCCACCUUGGCAUGGGAAUCCUCCCAUGCUAGUGUCCAGAGCUCACCAAAGAUGACCCCUAAAAUGAAAAAAGACAAGCUAGCCAAGAGCAAGAAAGAAAAGAUGAAGCUGCAGCAGCAUGAAGGACAACGAGCCGUGCUUGCUGAGCAGAAGGGCCACCUUUUAGUGGACAGCGAUGAGCCCCCUAGCCCUGAGGAGGAGAACAAACAUACCCAGUUGGCGAACGUCCGGCUACAGAAGGUUCUUUACAAUAUUGACCUGGACAUUGAGAAGGGGAAACUUGUCGGGAUUUGUGGCAGCGUGGGGAGUGGGAAGACCUCACUCAUUUCGGCCAUUUUAGGACAGAUGACUCUACUGGAAGGCAGCAUUUCUGUGGAUGGGACAUUUGCCUACGUGGCCCAGCAAGCGUGGAUUCUCAAUGCUACGCUUAGAGAUAACAUCCUCUUUGGCAAGGAGUUUGAGGAAGAAAGAUACAACACCGUGUUGAAUGGCUGCUGUCUCAGACCAGAUCUGGCUAUCCUGCCUAGUGGGGACCUGACAGAGAUUGGGGAGCGAGGUGCAAACCUGAGUGGGGGGCAGCGCCAGAGGAUCAGCCUCGCCCGAGCACUGUACAGUGACAAGAGCAUUUACAUUCUUGAUGACCCGCUCAGCGCUUUGGAUGCACAUGUUGGAAACCACAUCUUCAACAGCGCAAUACGGAAGCACCUGAAGUCAAAAACGGUUCUCUUUAUCACACACCAGCUACAGUAUCUUGUAGAUUGCGAUGACGUGAUCUUCAUGAAAGAGGGCUGCAUCACCGAAAGGGGAAGCCACGAGGAUCUGAUGAAUCUGAACGGCGACUAUGCAGCGAUUUUUAACAACCUGCAGCUGGGAGAGACGCCGCACGUUGAGAUUAAUUUAAAGAAGACUACAAACAGUUCAUUAAAAAGGCCCCCAGAUAAAGGCACGAAAUCUGGAUCUGUGAAGAAAGAGAAAGUGGUCAAGAAGGAAGAAGGUCAGCUCAUGCAGCUGGAAGAGAAAGGCAAAGGUUCGGUUCCUUGGUCAGUUUACGGCGUCUAUAUCCAAGCGGCUGGAGGCCCCAUUGCUUUUCUAAUCAUCAUGGCACUUUUUAUAUUGAAUGUGGGCAGCACGGCAUUUAGCAAUUGGUGGCUGAGCUACUGGAUCAAACAAGGCAGCGGGAACACUUCUUUGACGUUGGGCAAUGAAACGGUUGUGAGCAACAGUAUGAAGGACAAUCCUCACAUGCGAUAUUACGCUGGCAUCUACGCGCUCUCGAUGGGUGUCAUGCUGAUUCUGAAGGCUGUGCGUGGUGUUGUCUUUGUUAAGGGGACGUUGCGGGCCUCUUCCAGACUCCAUGACGAGCUCUUCCGACGGAUUCUUCGUAGCCCUAUGAAAUUUUUUGACACUACACCUACGGGACGGAUUCUCAAUAGGUUUUCCAAAGAUAUGGAUGAAGUUGAUGUCCGUCUGCCGUUUCAAGCUGAAAUGUUCAUACAGAACGUCAUCCUGGUGUUCUUCUGCGUGGGAGUGAUCUCUGGUGUCUUCCCGUGGUUUCUAAUGGCAGUUGGACCUCUUGUCAUCCUUUUUACAAUCCUACAUGUUGUAUCUAGGGUCUUCAUUCGUGAGCUGAAGCGCCUGGACAACAUUACACAGUCUCCGUUCCUUUCACACAUCACAUCAAGCAUACAAGGCCUCUCUACAAUCCACGCCUACAAUAAAGGGCAAGAGUUCCUGCAGAGAUAUCAAGAACUGCUGGAUAACAACCAGGCACCUUUCUACCUGUUCAGCUGUGCAAUGCGUUGGUUAGCUGUCAGACUGGAUAUAGUCAGCAUUGCCCUCAUUACAACCACUGGCUUAAUGAUUGUCUUAAUGCAUGGCCAGAUCUCCCCUGCCUAUGCUGGGCUAGCCAUCUCCUAUGCUGUUCAGCUAACCGGAUUGUUCCAGUUCACAGUCAGGCUGGCUUCAGAGACGGAAGCUCGUUUCACUUCUGUGGAAAGGAUUAAUCACUAUAUCAAGACCCUUUCUCUGGAGGCUCCAGCUCGGAUUAAGAACAAAGCCCCCCCUCCAGACUGGCCCCAGGAAGGAGAGGUCAUCUUUGAAAAUGCGGAAAUGCGGUAUCGGGAAAACCUGCCACUUGUACUCAAGAAGGUGUGCUUCACCAUCAAGCCCAAGGAAAAGAUUGGCAUCGUGGGCAGAACAGGGUCAGGGAAGUCUUCUCUAGGAAUGGCUCUCUUCCGCUUGGUUGAACUCUCGGGAGGGUGCAUUAAAAUUGAUGGAGUGAAAAUCAAUGACAUCGGUUUAGCAGAUCUCCGGAGCAAGCUUUCCAUAAUCCCUCAAGAGCCUGUGCUGUUCAGUGGUACUGUGAGAUCUAACUUGGAUCCUUUCACACAAUACAGCGAAGAGCAAAUCUGGGAUGCUUUGGAAAGGACUCAUAUGAAGGAUUGUAUUUCUCAGCUGCCCAUGAAACUUGAAUCUGAAGUAAUGGAAAAUGGUGAAAACUUCUCCGUUGGGGAGAGGCAGUUACUUUGCAUUGCCAGAGCUUUGCUCCGUCGUUGUAAGGUAUUGAUCCUGGAUGAAGCAACAGCUGCCAUGGACACAGAGACGGAUUUGCUGAUCCAGGAGACCGUCAGAGAAGCAUUUGCAGAUUGCACAAUGCUGACGAUUGCUCACCGCCUGCAUACGGUUCUGGGUUCUGAUCGGAUUAUGGUGCUGACGCAAGGGCAGGUGGUGGAAUUUGAUACUCCAUCUGCUCUCCUGUCCAACGAGAACUCCCGCUUUUCUGCCAUCUUUGCUGCUGCAGAAAAUAAGGUUGCUGUUAAGGGCUAAAAUUCAGGGCAACGUCACUUUACUCAGGAGGGUAAUGCUCUCUGCCUGUGGCAGGUACCUCCAACAUCUCCAUGUUCUCCAAGCAGAUUAUUGCCUUUUCACCUUUUUAUUUUUAGCAUCGUGUGUCAAGAUUAAGUUCUCCUUUUAAAAGUACUGUAAGGAGGAUUCUUUAUGGUUUUUAUUAUGGUAUUUAUUCUAUAUUCUUCUUACUAAUUUUUGCUAUAAAAUGCACUCUACAAAAUGGCUCAGGGAGCCAUGAUUAUAAAUGUAUCAAGAGGCCUAUAUUGAAGCUUUAUACAUGUAGCUAUAUCUCUACAGAAUUCUGUACAUAGCCUAUAUUUACAGUGGAAAUGUACGCUGUUUAUUUUAUAUUAAAAUGAGCGCUGUGAUAAUACCAGUGCAUAUUCUUUUCUAUCAUUUUUUGUACAGUUUUAUGGUACUGGGAAUCUGGCUUUCACCAGGCUGCAUCAGACCCUGUUUGUCUCGUGCAGUCGGUUUUCUCUUGGUGCCGGGUUUUCCCAGAUCUCCGGAUGGAAGGAAAGCUUUGUAGUCAUGUCCUUCUGUGUCCUGUUACCGUUGUCCUGCACAGGGGGGAUGUGGAGCUCUGGUGAUAUGACUCAAUUCUCAUCAUAACCGUUGAGCUCUUUGGCACAUUGCUAAAGUGCAUGGAAGUAGCAGCAGCUGUUUGCCAUGAUUCUUUCCCCUGGUGGGGUUCAGUUUUGUUUCCCCCCCCCCCCCCCCACACUCCUUUCCCUUUUUGUGAUUUCAUAAGCGAAUUCUGCCAUAGCAGUAGGGGAAGAACCAUGCAUUUGCCUCAGGUACCUUAAAACCCCAUUGUCAUGCAUUCCGGUGCAAUAAAGGGAAUGUGAUUACAUUCUCUAUUCGUAGAGCUCAGUUUUAUAUUUUAUAGAAAGGAAAUGCAACCUCUUUCUGCUUUGCUGAGCAAACCCUCCCUCCUGCCCAGAAUUUGCGCCAUUAUUAAUCAAAUGCAGCAAUGGACCUUCUUCAGUCUGGGACCCCGCUGCUGCCUGCAAAAGUUUUUCAAAGUUGCCUCUGUUUAAUUAUUGAUCUAGAGAUACUAAUGCUUCAUCUGGAAAGCUCUGCAUAUUACUUUGACAUUUGUAACAAUUAACCAUUCACCCGACUCAAUAAGCGUGCAAACUUUUUCCUGCCUAUUCGUUACUAAAAUGAAUUGUGGCUCCUCAUCUGCAGUUUUUAAAAGGCUCCUGCUGAUCAGGGUUUGACACUGGUGUAGGAAGUUUUAUUUUCUUACUGUAAAGAGACCUACCUCAGGUUGCUGAGUCCUGUGUGGUACAUUGCCAUGGUUACUGUAUGCCAUCCCUGUUGUAUGGGACCAGUAGCCCAGGUGGGCAUGGUCAAUCCGGUAAUAGCUGUUAAUUUUUAAUUGGUCAGCGUUGCAUGUGUUUUUGGUUUUCUUUUUGUCCAGUUGGACGUUUUAUAGCCUUAGCAUGUUUGAAAAUUGUCUGUUCGAGACAAACAUCCGAGGAAGUGAAUAAAAACUAUUUUGGGUUUUGUAAA